AUGCUGAUCCCGCAUCCCGGCAGACCGUCAGUCCCGUGGCGGGCCCUUGCUUCAUCUGUCCGGGUUCACCUUUUCUUUAGACCUUUUCAUAAUCAUCGUCACAACUUCAAUCAUCAUCAUCAUCAUGUUUCUCCUGCACAUGUCAUUAGUCCAUACCUCGAGACUCUACUCUACGAUCCCUCCAUUUCAAUCACCUCAGACUCUCUUGCCGACCGCACGCUACCGCUCCAAAAAGCAAUUAUUCAAUUCUGUUAUACUCCAGAAAGUAUCUCAUCACGAACUUUGUUGACUAAAUCUCUUUUGGCUACCAAAUCCCAAAUACCCGUAAACGCAUUCGCAGAGCUCUUGGAAAAUCUCUACUUUAUAGUCAUUAAAAGUUUUGUGGCCACUGGAAAUACCCGCAAAUGCAUUUCAGUUCAUGAUUUCUUUUUCUCAAGUGACAUAUUUCCCAAUAUAUCCCAGACUCAGUGGCUUGGAUUUGUCAAAAGUAUGCUUCGUUUCGCAGAAAAUACAGACAAUGAAAGUAAUACCUCUAUAAGUGAACCUAGUCACAGCAUCGUUCAAGCAUUAUACCAAGUCCACUGUCGCUUUGGAUGGAAAAACACAUUUGAACAAACGGCCGCUUGGAUGUAUUUUGAUGGGAAGAUACCAGACUCUCAACUGGCCCGCAUCAAACCUUCUCCCAAAGACUCGCAAGAUAUAAAACUCCCCAUACAGGAAUGGAUUUGGCGAUUAUUUCUGGGUGGUGAUCUCCCAACUUCUCCCUGGCAGCUCAUAUUUUUAGAACGACUCCUUGGCCCAAAUUCAAUUUCAACCUUAAUAUCUUUAUCCUCUGAAGACUUUAUUCGCAUUAGUCCAACAGGCUUUCAUUUGUAUCGGCAACUCGUGCACAGCGUGCGCGCAGGCCAAAAUGGUCCAGAAGGUACAAAUACAUUUAUCUCAGCUCUCGAAUCCUCCCAAACGUUGCAUAAAAUUGCAGAAGCUACACUUUCAAUGCCCAGUCCUUUUGGGUUCCAUGUUGCCGCCGCAUUUACGCGAGCCAUUCCCUCGCUUCCUCCAUAUUUCUGGUGCACAGUGCUCCUCAACAAGCAGAUUAAAACUCAGCAGGUCCUGAAUCUGUUUAAAUCACUUAACAGAAGCAUCCCAGAAAAAGUCAAAGAAACUCUUGUUUUCCGUGAAUCUUCUUUAAAUUCAGAUUAUAAUAAAACAUACAAGAGACUCUUCAAUAUUCCCCCAAACAAAUCUGACACUGAACUGCUAAAAUCUUACGCAAACACUGUUCGCGUAUUGUGUAAAGAAACUCCAGAAAUCGCCCACAAAAUCAUGCAGGACCCUAUUGCAUACAAAGUCCCGGAAAUCGUCAAGGCAUAUCUCACAGGACUUCAAGAAACUAACCAGUACAAUCGGCUGUGUCGGUAUGUCGAAAGAACUCUUGCACCCAAUGCCCAAAUCCCUGCAAUUUACCGACUCUUUUGGCCAUAUUAUCUUCUCGCCCUUACCUUUGCCAAAAAUCCAAAGUACCCGCGACAGGGAACCCGUUCAAGAGAAGCCCUACACUAUCUCUUUGCCAUUCUCGGCGCAAAGGCAAACAUUAAAAUGCGCACAAACGUCCGGCAUUCCAAAGACGUGAUGCCUCUUCCUCUCAAAUCCCUUGCAACACUAUUCCCCCUCAAUGGUGUGCCACUUACUCAACCUUUGUUUGAUCGUCUCGCGUACCGAUUGCUAAUCUAUGGUCGCACCAAUACCCAUGCGGCCGGGAAAAAGCCGCUACUUCUCCCGUUAGCCCCGCUCCAACUCAUCAAGCUUCUGCGACUCGCUUUCGCUGCCAAAACAAAGGCCUCACAACCAAAAUAUCAGCUCUCACCCUACCGCCUAUACCAGUACCUUGACGGUCUGCUCUACGGGUCCAUGGCUGUCCCUCGCAGCGAUCUCAUUACUUUUCUUACAAAACUCUGGGGGCUCUAUCCGGCCGAUGUAGCAGCAUGGAAAACAACCCACCCAGGCACCCGGUUUGCCCACGAAUAUCUCUCAGCCCCCAUAAUCCAUCAUAUUAUCUACAUUGGCAUUCUCUUGUCCCCAUCAAAACCUUGGUGGGUCCUCGCCAUGAUCCGCCAAGCUCUCCUCGAUCUCCCAGAGUCUUCUCCGGUGUCGUUUGCCUCACACGGCCACCUCAUUAAGGAAACAGUCGAGUCUGUGCUUGCCCGCAUUUACACAGAACAACCUAUCUACAAUAAACAUGCAAUGUACCAGCGUGCUGCUGCUGCUGCUCGAGCUCGUGGUGUCACUUUUGUGCGUCCAGUAUUUAACCACUACUAUGAACAAAUUCCUGGCCAUGAACUCUACAAGGGCCAUAGCGAACAGGCUGCUGAUUCAACAUCACACUCUCGCAUUUACCAGCAACCACUUCUCGCCGGUCCUUUCCGCAACGCACGUUCUCACAUUCUGUGCAGAUUCCCCUCCGACGUUCUUUCAGAUGCCCUUAACAUGAUUUGGGAAGGUGUCUCCAUGAAGGAGGUCGACGCUGCGCUCAUUCACAAAGGUAUUCGCGUCUCACCAGCUACUGUGUAUAGUAUAACGCGUGCAACAUCCACGCGCACCCCACGCAAUCGGCGCUACAAGACUCUGGCCCUGAAGCGACUGGCACGCAAGUUGCGUAUAAAAAAGGCGCGUCGACGUAUUUACAACAAUUACAAUCACUAG